UCACGUGGGUCGACAGAACAUUUUUCCAGGCCAAUUUCGACAACCCCUUCUUGGUUUUGUUUCGCUCCGGUACUAUCCGACCAACCUCUUCUGCUUGCAAUUGUCAUUCACUCAAUGCUACGAAGUGCUACUACCAAAGUUCGCUAUUUCAAGCAGAGUUCAAUCGUAGACUCUUUGCUUGCAAGCUCCUCACCACUUCGUCGAGCUCCAUUGGCUCGAACCAUUCCCCCAGCUUUAACACAAACAUGUCACCGUUACUCCACGACGGCCGCCACGACUGCCACAGUGGACGACGAAGUGCAAACCUUCAGACAUAGCGAGCCUGUUUCCAUUCCAAGCAAGUCACAUAAGGACGAUCCGGUUAAAGGACCAGUUGAAAUGUACGAUCAAUUGGUUUCCGAAGGAAAAGUCAAUUCGGACGACCACCAGAGAGCUAUCAUAGCUCAAUUGCAAAGAAUAUGGAUGGGACUUCAGUCGUAUUACCCAGACAUCAAGGCAAGUAGCCCAUCUCAGGAGCAGCAUCAAACUCGAGGAGGUUGGAUGUCAAAGUUUACCUCUAUUGUUGGCGGUGGCCAUGGUACCGCAACCCAUGCCCCUAAUGCAAAUGACGUAGUUGCACCAAAAUCGCUUUAUAUUUAUGGAGAUGUUGGAACCGGCAAGACCAUGGUGAUGGAUCUUUUCUAUGAUACACUUCCCAUUGAACGUAAGAGACGAGUGCAUUUUCACGCAUUCAUGCUUGAUGUCCAUGCUCGUGUGCACCGCCUCAAGAUGAAAGAGCCGGAAAGAGCCGAUGUGCUCGGCCCUAUUGCAGCAGAUUUGGCAUCUGAGGCUUAUGUGCUGUGUUUCGACGAAUUUCAAGUCACCGAUAUUGCGGAUGCUAUGAUGUUGCGUAAACUGUUUACCGAACUUUUUGCUCGAGGCGUAGUGGUUGUCACUACCUCCAACCGACAUCCCACUGAGUUGUACAAAAAUGGCAUUCAACGAAAAUCUUUCUUGCCUUGUAUCGACCUUUUGCUCGAAAAGUGCGAAGUCGUAUGUUUGGAUUCCACAACCGACUAUCGUAAAGCUGUCAAGGAGAUGUCCCAGAUUUACUUUCACCCACUCAACCAAAAGACCACUCAUACCAUUGACCAGCUGACGAAAGACCUUACUGGUGGAGGGAAGAUGGCUCCAAUGACACUUGACUUUUUGUCCCGCCAGCUUCAGAUUCCAGAACAAGCCAAUGGUGUUGCCCGAAUGACCUUUGAUGAUCUGUGCAAGAAACCUUUGAGUGCCGCGGAUUAUCUUGAACUCGUCAAGAAAUUCCAUACCAUCAUCAUUACGGAUAUUCCCCGCAUGACUAUGAAGCAUCGUGCCGAAGCUAGACGAUUUAUCACUUUGAUCGAUGCCAUGUAUGAAUCCAAGACCAAAUUGAUUGCUAGUGGUGAAACUGGCAUCCUAGAAAUCUUCAAUGCAGAGGAAGGAGGCAACGAAUUCAACGACGACUUUAGAUUGAUGAUGGAUGACCUCAAGUUGGACGACGUCUCCUCGCCGUUAUUCAGUGGUCAAGAAGAAGCAUUUGCUUUCCAGAGAGCUUUAUCUCGACUUAUUCAAAUGCAAAGCAAAGAAUGGUUCACCCGGCCAACUUAAGUACCAUUAGAUUAUUUUCUUUCCUUUUGGCGGCGCUUGUUUGUACACUACACUCCCAUCCCAUAGACAUACCCACGUGAAAUAAUAAAUACUGUACGGCGUUAUCAUGCUCGACUUUCUCCACAUUCAUGAAAUAUAUGGUACGAUCAGCAGAUUGGUUUGUUUGCAUUGAAAUGCUCACAA